AUGGCUGCUGCAGAUGUCAUAUCAAACAUACCAUCUUCAUUUAUCUAUGAAGAUUUAGUUUCUCAAGUCCAAGCCAUUCAAUAUCAAAUAAUCGAAAUGGAGAAUAGUAUUAAUAAUCAAUUGCAAAUAGACAAGAAAGUACGAAAUGAAUUAAAAUCUCGUUCAUUAACAUUUAUAGAUCCAUUUGGAAAUCGAACAACAAACAACUAUAUGGAUCAUGAAUCAAUUAGUAAAAUAAUUCGUGAUUUUAAGGAAACUUAUGUACCUAAAUAUCUUCAUCAAUGGAUAAGAAUUGGGACUAAAAAUGAUGAUAUUAUUUCACCACUGGAUGAAUCUGAAUUGAAAUCUACUGUAUCUGAAUAUGAAAAUGGUCAAGAAUUUGUUUCAUAUGGUGAGAUACCUGUAUUUAUUGGAAAAUAUGAAGAUUUUCAGCCUCAAAGAAUAGUUAUUAAUAUGUUAUUAACGGAUAAUAUUGAGAAAAUUAAAUUGAAAAUAAAACAACGACGACUACGACCACCUGCUGAUUUUGAAUUGAAAUCAUGUAUUAUAGAUCCAAAUAAAAAACCAAACAUAAGCAAUUGGAAACAAGGUACUAUUUUAAAAUCAGAAGAAACUAUAAUGUCAAGUCAAUUAUAUCAAAAUAAUUGUGUCGUUUUGGCCAAAAUCAUUCGCAAGAAAAUUGACAAUGGUAGCAGCCGUGAUUUUCAGAUAUUUGUGACAAAUAUUACUGGAAGAAUUAUCACUCUCACUGUGAAUUCUGAAAUGAAUGUAUUCGAGGUGAAAAAAUUAAUCCAAAAUGUUACAGGUGUUUCUUGUGACUAUCAACGUUUUAUAUGUGGUGGAAUGCAACCAGAAGAUGAAGAAAUUCUUUCAGAUUAUGGUAUAUCAGAUAAAGGUACAAUUCAUUCUGUGUUAACAUUACGAGGUGGAAUGUAUCAUUUUACAAGUGGUCGACAAGAUUUUCACAAAGUACCGCGUGAAAAUGUCAAUACUAUUCGAAAAGUUCUAACAUUUAAGUUCAAAGAUAUGAAUGAUACUCAACAGUUAUCACUAUUUGAACUACAAAAUUCUAUUUUACAAGCAAAAACUGUUCUGUCGAUUUUAUAUCGUGAAAUUAAACAUAUUCCUACCACAAAUAAUAUUCCAGAUUUGAAGAACAUUAUCCUGCAAUUACCCAAUGACAAUGAAGAUAAUAGUGAUGAUGAUGAAAAUAAUGAUCUAUAUUAUGAUGCACAAGAUUCAGUUCCGUAA